UUAGUACGAGAGCCAUCAAAUUAAAAGAAAAUUACGAAAUGACUUGAAAAUAAUACGAAUACAAGAUCCUUUUCAAUGAAUUAGUAAAUUUAUUUUAUUAUUGAUAAUUAAAAAAGUAAAAUAUAUUAUUUUAAUUAUGUGAUAUAUUUUAAAUUAGUAAAAUGAUGUAGAUUAUAUAAACUGUAUAAUUGUAUUAAAAAAAUAUUUGGGGUCCACCAUAUGAAACAGAAAGUGAAUUUCAUUAAUGUAGAGCAAAUGAAAGUGGUAUGUGGUGAAAUUGUAAAAACUGGUGAUGUAACGGUAGGAACUACUUAUGAAAUAGGAAUUGUAUUUCAUGAAUGUGGAUGGACCUAGUAGUCACGAAUCACGAUAAUGAUGAGGUUAACACUACAACCGCUCUAGAAAUUUUGUAUAUCUCUUAACCGUUUAAAAAAUUUGCUUUCAACCAAAAAAAAAUUGCAAGACAGUUUACAAUGCUAAGGCCCAACCACCAGCCCACUGAGUGGUUUGAGCUGCCACGUGAUGUAACAAACUGCCAUUUGAAUGAUUGAUCGUCUCGCCUCGUCUCGUCUCAUCUAAUCUCAUCAGCUCCCUUGCAACAAAUUGGGGAAUCGGAUAUGGCGGUAAAAAUCCAGCCAGAAGCUGACCGAAAACUUGUGCUUCGACUCCUAGUCAGCCAUUUGCGCUACGCAACUCGAAAGUCUGAAACUUGCAACAGAAACUGAGAGCGGGAAAGGAGAAGGACAGAAGGCAGCUGAUAUAGAAAUGACCGUGCAAUUGGUUGCUCUUCCUUCUUCAACUCCCACUACAACUACACCCAUUUCGUCGCUCUUCGCCACCUCCAUUCCCAUCCUUCGUGGGUCUAGUUCUUCGAUUCGGACGCGCGUCUCUUCAAAUUCGCUUAAGCUUCCAAGAAGCAGACAUUUCUGGUUCAAGAAACCGGAACUUCUGCUGUUGUAGAUGAAGAAAGUAUCAGGGAAAACAAUCAGUUUUUUCCCAAAUUUGAAUCCAGAACCAUUGGAGAAGAAGACCGUUGACUCAAACGCUGUCGUUGUGUCAAGGCCCGUUGCAACUAAACCGGACGACAUCGUUUCGCCAAGACAGACUCAACCGAGAAGCUGGAGUGACGUCGUUUCUGGCAAAUUACCCACAGCUCCCUAAACUUGUUAUUUGUACUUCUUUCCAUUUCUGAGUUGUACUUGCUUAAGACCCAAGCUUUGUCUUCUUCUCUCAAUCUGUCUGUAAGUGAACUGCCCAACUAUGUAAGCUGAGGAUGCAAUGAAAACAACUAAGGCUUGUGAUCCUCAACCCUAAAAGGUUGUUAUGGUAUCAGAGCCUGGUUGCUAAAACCGAGUAGCCGCCGACAACCAUGGCAAACCAACCUGCCGACCCAGCACCAGCAGUUGCAGAUCCAAUGUCUGAUCCGUUUUAUCUUCAUGGUUCGGAGCAGCCAGGACUCCAGCUCGUUGCAGAGAAGCUUACACCAACAAACUACAAUGAUUGGAGUAAGGCUGUUCACAAUGCCUUGGGUGCAAAGAACAAGCUUGGUUUUGUGGACGGUUCCAUCCCAGAUCCAUGUCAAGAAAGUCCUAAUGCCUGGGCCUGGAACAGAAACAACAUAAUGGUUUUUUCCUGGAUUCAACAGGCAGUAGAUCCUGGGAUAAGGAAGACCAUUAUGUCUUGCAAAAAAGCAGUUGAAGCAUGGAUAAGUCUCAGAGACAGAUAUGGUCAGGGAGACAUGGUAAGGAUAGCAGAGCUGAUUGAAUCCAUCUGCAAUCUUAAGCAAGAUAAUCAAUCUGUUACUGAGUACUAUGGGAAUCUCAUAGCUCUAAGAGAUGAGCUGGAUAAUUACCAGCCUCUGGAACCUUGUGUUUGUACCACAACCAGCCACACCACCUGUAGAUAGGGGUGUUCAAAUGCUUACCAUGGUUAUUACCAAACCAAAUAAGGUUAAAUUUCAUUAACCAUGGAAUACAAUAUCAUAACCAAACCGUCCAAACUAAUACAACAACCAAAUUAACCAAACUAAAGUUUAAUUGGUUAGGUUAAUUGGUUAACCAGAUUAACCAAUAUAAAAUCACAUUAUCAUUAAGUGAGAAAAUUUUCGGUUAAUUUAUCAAGUUCACAAUUUAUAUAAUGAAUAAAACAUAACAAU